AUGGAUCCUCCCGGGUAUGGCUACGAGUACUGGAAGCACUACCACAGCGACUGUGAGCUUGUCCACGUCAUCUGGACCGACUACUGCGGCAUCCUCCACGAGAAGCUCGUCCCUGCCGACAGCUUCGGCAGGAUGUAUCGCAAACAUGCCUACAACAUUUUCGAUUCCGACGACCUCAUUCCGUUGACUGUCAGCGGCGCUGCCCUUACCAGCCUUCCCGAUGGAAAGUCGGCCGCCGAGAGGAUCUACCCUUCUUAUAACACUUACAACUUAACCCCGGACUACGAUACUGUACAGCCCUGUAUCGAUAACAGAAGUCGUGCUACUGUCUUCGCUAAGGUGGAGGUUGGCGAUGGUCCUCUCGCUGAUCCUCGCGAAAUACUGAAAGAAGUGUGCGAGGGGCUCGGGUCUGGAAAGAAACAGAAGAUCAGAGCAUCUUUGGAGUUUCAAUUCGUGCUACGAAACCUUUCCGAUGAAAAAUACACCGACCCAAUGGCGAUGGCCCAACUCAGGACAUACGCCACGGGUCUCUCCAUCCGGAGCGGCGGCGUCGCGAAGGACGGAGUGGUGACGAUAGCUCUCUUCACGAGCGACAACGUUUUGGAAUCUGUCGAUAAUUUUUACAGAUUGAAGAGAGCACUGCAAUCUAUCGCGGGCUCGGAGGGACUGCGACCAUCGUUCUUUUUCGCCUCUGAAGAGGUAUCAGGUGCCGCAUUCUCUGGCACCCCUUUGGACGUAAUGUGCCGAAAUGAACUGCGCUGCCGCCUUCACCUAGCUCUCGCUUCCGGCAAGUAUGCCCGCGACUUUGCCACCGGGAUCAUGGAGGCCGAGGAGGAGACAUCAGCAAAUCCAAGCAUCUACUCAUUCGCGAAGCCAAGCUGGCUCACCUACGGACAGCGGCGGCAAUACCGUGGAGAUCUGUCGCCGGAACGCGAGUGGAUGACCUGGGGCGCUCGCAACUCGAAGACCACUAUCAACUUCCCCGAGGGGUGCGAGGUGGGGCGACUGGAGUUUGGCGAUAUCGACUGUAUGGCCAACAUGUACCUUGUCGGCGCUGCGGCUUUGAUCCUUGGAACCCGGAAGAUUGCACAUCCCGUUGCGCUGGAGAACAUUCCUCAGGCGACCGAUGUCAACGAAUACGAUGCUGGCUUCACCGGCUCCCGAUUUUUCGAGACGUUGAGAGUCCCAUUAUCUGGUCUCCUUGCGUGUCACAGCAUCCGACAAAGCGCACGGCUUCAUGGAUCGCUUUUGAGAGACACAUGGGAAGCUUACCUGGUGGUGCGGAAGAUGGAGGACAAGAGCAUUGUGGAAAUGGUAGCACACGGUCGAGCGACGUCGGCGCGGGAGGUGCUGGAAAAAUGGUACUAA